CUUCGGUUUGGGAGGAGAGGAGCAGUACGUAUACAAUUGGCAGUGAGGUUGUGUAAUCCAAAAGAACAGAGGCUAUUGUAAACCAGUGUGUCAGGCUCAAGAGGAGGCCCCUCCCCAGUCCAAGUGAACACCGACAUCUACACGCCUCAACAUCUGCACACUCUGACAUCUAUUGGGACCCCAACAUCUGAGCACCUCAACAUCUGCGCACCCUGACAUCUACUGAGGCCGGGAUCUCUUGCUCCUCCACAUCUGUAUACCAUAACAUCCACUGGGGCCCGACCUCUGUGGGCCUCCACAUCUGUGCACCCUGACAUCUACUGGGGCCCCAACAUCUAUGCACCUUGACAUCUACUGGGGCCCUGACCUCUGCUCCUCAACAUCUGCACAUGGUAACAUCUACUGGGGCCCCAAUUUCUGCACUCAACAUCUGAGCACCCUGUCAUCUACUGGGUCCCUAACAUUGUGCACCCCGAUAUCUCCAUGCUCUAGGCAGAGCACAGUCUGGUGCAGGUGCAACUGUCUCUAGCACUGAGCAAUUGGUAAUCAGUACCCCCACCCUGGUCUCAGUUGCUCAGAGAUUAAAAAAAAAAAAAAAAAAAGCCUGCAAAAGACCACUGCUAACCCACUUGCUAGAGAAACCAGGGAAAUAGGACACCUUGUAAAGGGUGGUAAAGUGUGGAGGACCCCUAGGAGUCCUGAUAAAAGAUGGCCAUGAACAACCAAUCUAAGUUACCACUUUACACAGCCCAAAGCAGCCCUGCAAUGGGUAUGUUUAAUACCUCCAUGGGGAAACUGCAGCAACAACUGUAUAAGGGGGAGUAUACUAUAUUCAAGCAUGCCCCAGUGUUUGAGAGUGACUUUAUACAGGUCAGUAAAAAAGGAGAAGUGAUUGACGUGCACAACCGUGCCCGAAUGGUGACUGUGGGCAUCGUUCACACUAGCCCCCACCUCACACUACCUGACGUCAUGCUGCUGGCCUGACGAGCUGCUAUCUGUGAUGACUAUGACAGAUAUGGCCCUGCUACCCAGGAAAAAGAUCACAAGUCUACACAGAUCUUAGAGCUAACCAGACUGUUUCCCUUGAAGUUUGUAACAAUAUCCAUCCAUAAUGGUAAAAAACAGCAGCUCCGCCUGAAGCUUGCCACUGGCCGCUCUUUUUACCUUCAGCUGUGUCACCCUUCUAAUACAAAAGAUCUUUUUGUUUAUUGGGAAAAUCUUGUUUACAUUUUGAGACCACCAGUAGAGGCUUACAGUGGUUCCCAGGCCAUCCCAGUUGGAGACACACUGGACAUAAGUGGGUUUGAAGAGGAGGACAAGAGCCCAGCGGCAAGUGUCAUUCAUUUCUUUGGAAGGGAUCAAGAUCAAGUUGACAUCAGGAGUCUUCACAUGAACCCUGAAUUGUUUGGGGCCACCUCUUAUGGUUAUGCUAGGGAGGAAUGAAUUCAUCAUGCCCCCCACACAUACUGCUUUCAAGAGUUCACACACUUCUGCAGUCACAAAGCCUGCAGUAUCAGAUAAAAUGGCAGGGAUGGCGACAGGAGCAGCCUUCACAGAUCCAGAAGCACAGCUAGAAUGGCCAUAGUGGGAGCAUUCGACAUGAAUAUUGUUGUUAGCAAGGGCUGCAUGCCCUUCUUCUACUCAGAGGUUAUUUCCAGCACAUCAGUAGGAGUUACUGGCCUCUUCCCAGAGGGCAGCAUAAAUAUGGUGAUUCCAAGAGCAGAAACUAUUGGCAAAUCCAUCUGCUAACAGCUCAGUAUUGGGACCCCCUCAUUACAACCUUGCAGAGUGAAGCCUACAUGAGUGACCAGGACGGAAGCCAGAGGUCUCCACCCAGCAGGACUGACUCUUUAGGAAAGAGUUUCAGAGCCCUGUACUGCACAUGGUGCAGAGGUGGGUAUCUCAUAUAAGACUGUGGAGGAAAGCAAUAUCAUCCACCCUAAUACAAUUCAACUCAAAUUCUCUGCUCUAAUAACAUAUGCUCUAUUAACAGGGAAGGGUAGCAAUAAAAACAA